AACAGUCAUGUGCAUAGUUUAGCAAGGCCUGAUGCCUCUGGAGCUUUUUCUGUUAUAGCACCAUUGAAUCUGCCUCUGCAGAAGUACAGUGAAUCUGUGGCUUCAUUUGGAACAAAGGAGAUUAGGGGGGGUGGAUCUCUCUCUAAUAAGGCAUUGGAAAGCAAGGGCAGGCAGUCUUUGGUUGUGAAUAUAUUCUGAUUUUUCCAGAAAUCAAGCAGAAGAUUGAGCUGCUGAUGUCAGUUAACUCUGAGAAGUCGUCCUCUUCAGAAAGGCCAGAGCCUCACCAAAAAGUUCCCUCAACACCACCACCUCCUCCACCACCACCACCUCCACCUUUGCCAGAGCCAUCACCACCAGAACCUGAAGAGGAAAUUUUGGGAUCAGAUGAUGAAGAGCAAGAAGAUCCUGCAGAUUAUUGCAAAGGUGGCUAUCAUCCGGUAAAAAUUGGAGAUCUUUUCAAUGGCCGGUAUCACGUUAUCAGAAAGUUAGGAUGGGGACACUUCUCUACAGUCUGGCUAUGCUGGGAUAUGCAGGGGAAAAGAUUUGUUGCAAUGAAAGUUGUAAAAAGUGCUCAGCAUUAUACAGAGACAGCCUUGGAUGAAAUAAAGUUGCUUAAAUGUGUUCGUGAAAGUGACCCAAAUGAUCCAAAUAAAGAUAUGGUUGUUCAGUUAAUUGAUGACUUCAAAAUUUCUGGCAUGAAUGGUAUACAUGUUUGUAUGGUUUUUGAAGUACUUGGACAUCAUCUUCUAAAAUGGAUAAUCAAGUCCAACUACCAGGGUCUUCCUAUCCACUGUGUAAAAAGUAUAAUCAGACAGGUGUUGCAAGGCUUAGACUAUCUCCACAGCAAGUGCAAGAUCAUCCAUACAGACAUCAAACCAGAAAACAUUUUGAUGUGUGUGGAUGACACCUAUGUGCGCCGCAUGGCCGCAGAAGCUACCGAGUGGCAGAAGGCUGGUGCUCCUCCUCCUUCCGGCUCAGCAGGAUGUUGGGCAGCAGCUGGGGGUCUCAGGACACCAGAAGAGCCCAUCACUGGCUGGGCCCAUUGCCGAUUUCUGACCUGCCACUCUGCAUCCAUCAGUGUGAGUACUGCUCCGCAACAAAAGCCUGUUGGAAAGAUAUCUAAAAACAAAAAGAAGAAACUGAAAAAAAAGCAAAAGAGGCAGGCAGAGCUACUAGAAAAGCGUUUGCAGGAAAUAGAGGAAUUGGAACGAGAAGCAGAAAGAAAGAAAAAAGAAGAAUAUGUAACCUCUACUGUUCCAUCCAAUGAUCAAGAAGAUGAAUACCAUCCAGAAGUCAAAUUAAAAAUGGUUGAAUUAGAGGAAGUGGCAGAUGAAGAACCUGGGAAUGAGGAUGGUGAAACAGAAGAUCAGGAUGAAAAAGAAGACACAGAAAAAGAAAACGCAGAAAAAGAUGAUGUUGAACAGGAAUUUCUCCACUUGGAACCUGCAGAUACCACUUGGAUAGAAUCCCCGAAAACAAAUGGCCACAUUAUAAAUGGUCCUUUCUUGCUAGAAGAACAACUUGAAGAUGAAGAUGAAGAAGAGGAAGAAUGCCCAAAUGCUGAGCAAUAUAAUCUUGAUGAACCAAAUGUGAAAAGUGAUUACAGUUAUAGUAGCUCCUACGAACAAUUUAAUGGUGAAUUGCCGAAUGGACAUCAUAAAAUCCCAGAGUCCCAAUUUUCUGAAUUCUCAGCUUCAGUGUUUUCUGGAGUUUUAGAUUCUGUGGCUUGUGGUUCAGCUGUUUCUGAAGAGUCAACUGGAACUGGAAGAGAAGAAACUACUCCAUCCCAUGAUAGAAGCAGGACAGUUUCAGCAUCUAGUACUGGAGAUUUGCCAAAAACAAAAACCCGUGCUGCUGAUUUACUGGUGAAUCCCCUGGAUCCAAGGAAUGCAGAGAAAAUCAGAGUUAAAAUUGCUGACCUUGGGAAUGCUUGCUGGGUGCAUAAACACUUCACAGAGGACAUCCAGACACGGCAGUAUAGAUCCAUAGAGGUUUUAAUAGGAGCUGGUUACAGUACACCUGCUGAUAUCUGGAGCACAGCCUGCAUGGCAUUUGAACUUGCAACUGGUGAUUACCUCUUUGAACCACAUUCUGGAGAAGACUAUUCCAGAGAUGAGGACCAUAUAGCACACAUCAUAGAGCUGCUAGGCAAUAUCCCAAGGCACUUUGCUCUCUCUGGAAAAUAUUCUCGGGAAUUCUUCAAUCGCAGAGAUCACAUAGCAUUGAUCAUUGAGCUGCUGGGGAAAAUCCCUCGAAAAUACACUAUGUUGGGGAAAUAUUCCAAGGAAUUUUUCACCAGAAAAGGAGAACUUCGACACAUUAUGAAGCUGAAACCUUGGAGCCUCUUUGAUGUCCUUGUGGAGAAGUAUGGUUGGCCUCAAGAAGAUGCAGCAGAGUUUACAGAUUUCCUGAUCCCUAUGCUAGAAAUGGUUCCGGAGAAGCGGGCCUCAGCAGGCGAAUGCCUCAGGCACCCUUGGCUGAAUUCUUAGCAGAAUCUCCCACUCUCAUCCUGGGCCAGCACCCAUGUCCCUACACAUCAGACCCUAAACGGUGACUGUCAUAAGUGCUCUUUAACAGGAUCAUAAAUGAGCUGGCUUCAACCCCAGACCUUUAUUUUGCUUUGAGGUACUGUUUGACAUUUUGCUUUUUGUGCACUGUGUUUUUGGGAGGGGUGGUCUUUUUGUCUUCAGCUGGUAGUUUUAUUGACUCUCUGCAGAAAACACUUACUAAUAUGUCUUUAAGCAUUGUUUCUUGUGUUGUGUGGCAUUCAGACAUCCACUUUUUGAACAAAAACACCCUUUAUUCUCCUCUCGUGUUUUGGCAGGUUUUGUAACUAUUUAUGAAAAAUAUUUUAGCUGAGUAUUAUAUAAUUUACAAGCGUGAGGCAUUACCAAGUCAGAUUUGGGGGGAAAAAAUGUACAAUUCUAUCUUCUGGCAAAGGGACAAUUUUCUUGUAAAAUAUUGUAUGUAAAUGCACCCUGUAAAUGUUUACUUCCAUUAAAAAUGGGAUGGGGGAGGGGGACACACACCUGAAGUGUAGAGUAAUGAUACCAAAUCCUGAGAACUGCAGCAUCCGAACUGCAUGCAGCAGAUAUGAAGCUGCUGCCGGGAACAAUGCCGCGAUCUCCUUCUGUAGCAGUGCCCAGACUGGAUUUGAAAGCAAGUUGCUCCUAUUUGUUUCAUUCUCCACAGAAGCGUAAAGGAAGGAGAACUCAUUUCAGUGCUGCUGUGGAAGGUCUGCCUGUUUCAAGUGCUUUUAAGGAGAAAUUGGAUCACUUGCUCUGCACUGAAUUGGGAUGGGGGGGCUUGGUAGUAUUGCUUUUUGAUAAAGGAAGGUUAAUGCAUUAGUCUUAAUAAUUGGGAAGAUUUGAAGAAGGAUUCUUUGGGACAUACUCUUUAACCUUUCAAGAAAGAAAAAAGAUGUUACCACUUUAGGAAGAAAAAAGGAAGAACAGGGUGGAUUCUAAAUUUAUAGUACAAAAAAAUCAUGCUCCUUCCACAUAUAGCUUUACGUGUUUCUAAAACAAAUUGCACUAGCUUAUUUUUCCCAUGAAUUGACAUAUUAAGGAACAAAUCUUCCUUUGUAAAUUGCACACAAAAUUUUAAGUGUUUUCCUAGAAAAAAACGAAGUAGAUUCCAAAAGAGGACUCAUAGGCAAUACAGAUUUUAGAAUGUAAAAUAUGGAGGUAUAUUUUAGCCUCUUUUAGAAGUCAGUGGGUUGAAUGUAAUUUUUUCCUGGUUUUACACAUUAGUUAUGGUGCCACUUUUUCUUGGCUUUGUCCAUUCUAAAUUUAUUAAAAUGCUUUUGCAAUAACUAGAUCGUGAGAUGGUACCCCGUGUUGUAACAAUAACCUAUUGUUUGAGGUGCUUGCAGUUGUCUAAUUAAAGUGUUUUUUUUU